CGUCUCGCCGCGGGGCAGGCAUGGGAGCCGCGCGCGCCCUCCCGGCUCCCACACCUGUCUGAGCCGCGCAGCGAGCCACGGCCGGGGCGGGCCGCUCCGCGCUGAAUGAUGCUCAGCAUGACAGGAAUCCCAGGGCUUCUUUUCCUUCUCCUCCUCCUGCUCUGUGUUGUUGGGCAAGCGAGUCCCUACGAAGCCCUCUGGAAACCCACUUGGCCUGCUUACCGCCUCCCUGUCGUCCUGCCCCAGUCUACCCUCAACUUAGCCAAGCCAGACUUUAGGGCAAAAGCGAAAUUGGAAGUGUCCUCCUCAUGUGGACCCCAGUGUCACAAAGGAACUCCACUGCCUACAUAUGAAGAGGCCAAGCAGUACCUGUCUUAUGAGACGCUUUAUGCCAAUGGCAGCCGUACAGAGACCCACGUGGGCAUUUACAUCCUCAGUGAUGGCAGACGUGGGGCUCAACACCAAGACUCAAAGUUGUCGAGAACAUCUCGGAGGAAGCGACAGAUUUAUGGCUACGAUAGCAGGUUCAGCAUUUUUGGGAAGGAUUUCCUGCUCAACUACCCUUUCUCAACAUCAGUGAAGUUAUCUACAGGCUGCACUGGCACCCUGGUGGCAGAGAAGCACGUCCUUACAGCUGCUCACUGCAUACAUGAUGGGAAAACCUAUGUGAAAGGAACACAGAAACUUAGAGUGGGCUUCCUGAAGUCCAAGUUGAAGGAUGCUGGCCGAGAGACUAACACCUCCAUCUCAGCCACACCAGAGAAGAUGAAAUUUCAGUGGAUCCGGGUAAAACGCACCCAUGUGCCCAAGGGUUGGAUCAAGGGCAAUGCCAAUGAUAUUGGCAUGGAUUAUGACUAUGCCCUCCUGGAACUGAAAAAGCCUCACAAGAGAAAGUUCAUGAAGAUUGGGGUGAGCCCUCCUGCUAAACAGCUGCCAGGGGGCAGAAUCCACUUCUCUGGCUAUGACAAUGAUCGACCAGGCAACUUGGUGUAUCGCUUCUGUGACGUCAAAGACGAGACCUAUGACCUGCUUUACCAGCAGUGUGAUGCCCAGCCUGGGGCGAGUGGCUCAGGGGUGUAUGUGAGGAUGUGGAAGAGACAGCAGCAGAAGUGGGAGCGAAAAAUUAUUGGCAUCUUUUCAGGGCACCAGUGGGUGGACAUGAAUGGUUCUCCACAGGAUUUCAAUGUGGCUGUUAGAAUCACCCCUCUCAAAUAUGCCCAGAUUUGCUAUUGGAUUAAAGGAAACUACCUGGAUUGUAGGGAAGGGUGACAUAGUGUUCCUUCCUGGCAGCACUUAAUGGUCUUUAUGUACUCACUGUAGGAGAGGCCAAGUUUUAUCUUUGGCAUGUGUGUGCGUGCGUGUGUGCCUGUGUGUAAUAUGUCAUGAUAUUCUUUACUUUCUCAAAAUGCAAAAUGACUGGCUUUAUUGAAAACUGGUUUGUGUAUCAUCACUUAAGCAGUUCUAAAGCAUAGUUUUGUAUAGAAUUUUUUUAAAUACUGUUGUUUGGGGCAAUAGAGAAUAUUUAGGAAUUAAGUUAAUGUUUCACUGUUUUGAGAACUUUGAUUUUUUAUUUCAUCUGAGCUUAUUUCAAAAGUUUAUAUUAAGUGGCAUAGAGGAAAUAUGAAUUCCUAUGUGUGUAUGUAUGUGAUUUCUUAGAUUUAUAUCUUGAUAUUUUUUAAUGACUGAUUAAUAAUGCUUCCAGAUGGUAGAGGUCCUACUACAUACAACUUUAUAAAUUUUCACAAAACUUAGAGAGUUGUAACGUUUUGGACUAGGAGACAUCUGUAUAAUAGCCCUUGAACAGUAAUUUAUUGGCUAUGUUAAACUGUAUCUCACAGUAAACAAGUACCCCAAACUGCUUUUAAUUUUGAAAAUAGUUUCUCUUCCAAAGACUGUUGCUCUGCUUUGUGGGAAAUCAUUGGACAUGAUUCUGCCAUGUCUUUGGACAUGACUUUGCACUCACACUAGAGUAGACAAGAUCAUUUUGCUCAGUUCUGCCGUAUAACAAGAGUUCACUCACAUUUCUAGAGCUAGCUGUUUUCCAAAAGACAGUAAUCAGGGCCUAAUUAGAACAGGCUGUAUUGCUUCCUAGCUAACAGUUGUGGACACAAUAAAAACAAGCGCGGCAUUUUACCCCUGGAGUGUAGCACAUCUCAUGUUUUAUCAUUUGGAUAGAGUAAUUUAAAAUGAAUUAAAUUCCAGAGAACAAUGGAUGCAUUGCUUAGCAGAUGUCACAACAGAAUAACCACUUGUAUGAAGUCUGGCACAGUCACACAGCCUAAUCAAAAUUAUUCUGCAUAGUUUUCUGUGUGCUUUUGGAGAACUGAGUAGUUGUUUGAUUUGGAAGCUUUCUCUCUCACUGUCCUUAUUUUAUAGUAAAAACACUUGGAAGUUGCCUCUCCUCACUUGAACUUUAAAAAGGCACCUUUUUCUGGAAUACUUUAGGCUUUAGGCAAAUAUGUAAUCAGGUACAACAGUAAAAAAUGAAAAUUGGGAAAAUGCAAAAUGGGUGAGGAUCAUGUACUCCAAUAAAUGUUUUAUAAAUAUAAUAAUCAUAGCAUUGAGAGAAAAGACUUGAACUCCUAUGCUUUUGAGUCUUGGCCUAAGCACUUUUAAGUGUAGAAGUAGAGAAAAAACAGCAAAUGGAAUAUGAGAUAAUUUUUGUGUUCUUGUACCCUGGGUUAUUGCAGCCUAUAUUGUGGCUGUGAAGAUACUCAAAUACAGCAGUGUCACUAAAAUAUUAUGCUGGUGGCUUGUGUGUUUUUUGAGCUUUUAAAAAGGAUAUCCUGAUAAGGCACUCAAGUACAACCAUGUGCUUUCGUCAAUUCACGUAAGAAAUAUUGCGCAUAGCACAAAGUUGCAGAGGCGCCAGGAAUCUUAUGAGUUCACUACAAUUUGCUGUGGAAUCUAAUAGGAAUCUCGCCUGAGGAAGCAAGAGAAGUCUCCAUUUCUAAGUCUGGUAUUUGGGGUUUUCUGUUUGCUUUUGCUUGAUGAAAAAAAAAAUAACUGAUUUUUUGAUAGAUACUCCUUUUAUAAAACUUGCUUUCUUGAUUUUGAUUUCUUAUGAAGUUAGACAGUGGCACAAAAGUCAAAAUAAUAUCAAUGCUUAGUUCACAAGAAGUUCUAAUUUCUAAACUAAAAUUCUAAUUUCUAAACUGAAGUUCUCAUUUUACUAAUUUACUUAAGUACCCAUGUGCUAUAUAUAGCAUCACUCAUAGACCUGUAAAAUUGUAAUUUAACGUGUGCACCAUUUCAGUGGUAAUAGAAAGUAUAUUAUUUGACUAUCCUAAUUGUGGGGGAAAGCACUCAUGAUAUUAAUAUAACUGGUACUUUACAUGUACUAGUUAUGUAUACUGUAAGCAUAUAUUCCUAGCAAGGAUAGGAAAACAAUAUUUCUCACGAUAUAUCACAAGUGUCCCUGCAAAAAUAAAGAGUACUUCCAUCGAGUAGGGAAGAGAUGCCUGUCAGUAUUCCCUGUUUUUAUCAGGGGUUCACAUACCUGCUUACACAUUAAAAACUCUGGAAAAUCCUGUAGUAAAGAGACUUGUUCAUAUUUUUAAAUCUGUAUUUCAAUAAAUAUCUUUGGUCACAAAACCCUUGUUUUCUUCUAUAAUGCCUAUGAGCAGUGUAGACUUCUAAUACAUUUUAGGGCUUGUUAUAACAGACUUCAGAGCAAGGUGGUGAUGCAGAAGUAUUAUGAGUUCAAGUGGUGUCAGGUAUCUGUGGCUGUGGGGCUUAAUAAGACACUAUAAGUGGGAUUUGGAAAUGUUUACAAAGUAAAAAUGUGAAGAAUAAACCUGAAAAUCAUUUAUAGGUGAAAAUCAGAAAGUUGUGGCAGAAUCUGAAGCACAAUAUUUGCACAGAAUUUUGAUUUUGAAAAGCUGGUAUAAAAGAAACUAGAGAAUUAGCACUGAAGAGGUAAAGAAACGAGCUAGCAAGAGGCAGAGUUGUAUGUGCAUUGUUUCUUUACAAAGUUAGAUAAUAAUACAAAAGUCAGAAAGGGAUUAGAAUGCUGAGACCAUGCUCCUAAUUCUUUGUGGAGCUCCAGCUACCUGCUCCUUGGAAGGGGAAACCCGCAGUGACACCUGGGUGACGUAUUUAAGGUAGUGAUUUUUUUGAGGUAGUGGAUGUCUAAGCCUCCCCGGAAAUGAUGACUCUCUAGUCUACUGUCUGCUGAUCAACCGGCCCCCGCACUAGCCUGGAUUUCCUCCUUGCUGUAGCUGGGUCUUACUGUUGUUUGCAUCUGUGUCUUCAUUUUUAUAAUAAACAAAUCAAGGAUGCCUUGAA